AUGUGCGAGAACGGUUUCUGCAUAUACAGCUUCAUUGUGCUGUUUGCAGCCGCGGCGCUGUACCAAAACCAGAAAGACAGCUGGAGUCUUUUCAGCUUCGAAGUGCCCAAGAUCCUGCCAACCACCACAAACGGCACCCAGCAGCAGACUGAUAUCUUCCUCUAUGAUGGCCAGAAUCUGGCACUGGCUGUGGAAACUCUGGAUGGUACGGAGCUACCGGGCCUCUUCAAGCUGGCCAAUGUUCCCGGGCAGCCAGGGCAGAGGCACCUGGUGCCUAUGGACGAGGAUGCUUCCAACACAAACAUCACUUCCCCAAACCUGCAGGCCUCAAACUUGAGCGGACCGCUCCAGCCAACAGAGGGCAAUACCCAGUCGGUGCCUGAUACCCUGGGCCUGCUCGGCGCUCGAGGCAAAGCCGAACACAUCUGGGAAGUGUCUAUGGGCCACUACAGCAGCCAGAACGUGUCAGAGGCUGCAGUGACUCAAUUGGCCACCCGGGUCUACAAAGAGCACGCUGAUGAGUUUUCUGAUGGGAUCUCAAACUUCGCUGAGGAGUGCGCCAAAACAUUGUCUCACAAUGUGACCAAAGCUGCUGAGCUCUUCUGGGGGUGGAAGGUCGCAAUAGGAAUUGGCGAGCUAGCUCUGAAACUCCCUGUGAACCAGCAGCAGCAGCACCUGUCCCUCUUGCUGACAUCCAUCUGCAGCGGCGCGGUGGGGAAUUGCGUUAUCUUGCCCACCCGGCCGCCAGGCGUCUCCCUCACACCCACCUAG